UUACAUUUGUCAUAGAUGCGCGGGUCACGCUUGGGUCUUGCAACACUCCUUUUAAGUGCAGUUAUAGCACUAGGGAACACCGAGGACCUGCCAUGUCGCGCCCGAGAUGUUGGCAUUGCCGGCCGCUCUAUAGUCUGCGUAUGCGACGCUACAUACUGUGAUACCAUAACGAGAGAGGACCCGGCACCUGGCACAUUUGUCGCCUACACGUCGAGCGAUGCUGGACAACGAUUCGAAAAAAGCUUCGGUGUGAUCGAAACAGUGUCGAAUAGUGAUAGUGAAGAAAGUGUACCCGACGCAGAAAGUCCGGAACAGCCAGAAGAUGAGGAUGAUUUAAGACGAGUUGUAUUCAGACUGUACACGAUAGUUCGAUAUCAGUUUAUAGAAGGAUUUGGAGGAUCCGUCACUGACGCUGCAGCUAUCAACUGGCGAAAACUAUCAGAUGCAGCUCAAGUUAACUUUAUUAACUCAUACUUCUCAAGUACCGGUUUGGAAUACAACUUGAUAAGAGUGCCUAUAGGAGGUGCAGAUUUCUCGACACAUCCCUACACGUACAACGAAGAGCCUUGGUACGACCAUGCGUUGUCCAACUUUACUUUGACAUCCGAAGACUACUUUUAUAAGUUGCCUAUGAUCAAGAGAUGUCAAGCGGUUGCGACCGACGAGGUCAAGAUAACAGCGAGCACCUGGUCCCCACCGAUUUGGAUGAAGACCAAUGAGAGGAUCACUGGCUUUGGAACUGUUAAACCCGAAUACUACCAGGCAUACGCAGACUAUCAUAUACGAUUCAUGGAGGAAUACGAAAAAGCUGAUGUUAAGAUAUGGGCCAUCACCACAUCGAACGAACCUAUCAACGGCUUCCUUGGUGCAUUCUUUGUCAGCUUCAACUCCGUGGGAUGGUCGCCACGCAACCUGGGUCGCUGGGUGGCGAACAAUCUCGGACCGACAGUGCGCAACUCUCGCUUCAACAGCACGUUAAUUUUGGCAGUAGAUGAUCAACGAUAUAAUCUGCCUUAUUACUUGCUCGGGAUGGAACGGGAAGAUCCUAAAUCUAUUGAAUACAUUGAUGGCGCAGCAAUACACUAUUAUGGAAACUUCAUACCUCCGAUUAUUAUGACUGCUAUACAAAACCGGUAUCCUGACAAAAUUUUGCUUUCCACGGAAGCUUGUGAAGGUCCAAUGCCUUGGGACAGGGAAAAGGUUGAAAUAGGCUCAUGGGCCAGGGCGCGCAAAUACACAAGAAGUAUUUUACAGGAUCUCAACAAUUAUGUGGUCGGUUGGAUCGACUGGAACCUCUGCUUGGAUCCCGAAGGCGGUCCAAAUUGGGCCCAUAACUACGUCGACGCACCCAUCCUGGUAUACGGGGACCAAGACGAGUUCAUAAAGCAACCCAUGUUUUACGCGAUGGGUCACUUCUCAAAAUUCAUCCCAAGAGGCUCAAGGAGAAUUCAGUCUUCGCGAAGAAGUUUAGCUACACUGCAAAAUGCAGCUUUUUUGAAGCCUGAUGGAAAUAUUGUGAUGGUGCUACAAAACACGAGAAGCAGUGCAGUGAACCUUCGCGUCGAGCUCAGCAACACCCAAUACAUAGAACUCCUCAUGGAAGCCCAUUCCAUAAAAACUAUAGAAAUCAAUCAAAAUUAGAAUAUACCACAUAUUGUAAAAA